CUGUUUAUUAUCUUCCCCCGGUGCUGCAAUCAUUUUUUUCGGGACGAUAGCAUCAUUUUCCUACAUGGCGUGAUACUCAGUUGACUGUUUUCUGUUAGAUUGGUUGUCUUAGUGGAAAAAUGUUAAGAAUUAAUCGUUCAAUUCACCUAUUGUUUGUGUUACUGUUUGUUUUGCAUCGUUCUGCUGUGUUUAGUCUCUCGUCUGCGACAGAAGAUAAUACAGAUGAGCAACUGGAGGACACAGUGUCAGACUUGGAAAACACCCCCAAGUUUGUGGAGUCAGAAGAUCUGGACCUUCUACCAAAAAGGCAGUUUAAAACAGCUGAAAUUGCAGAUGCUGUGAUGGGGACUGAAACUUCGAUUGAUCCAUUUGAGAUCGCUUCCCUGUUUCCAAAAGACGUGAAAGACUUCCAGUCCAGCUUCUCCCCUCCUUGUGAUGAGAGCAGCGCUCAGUGUGGGUCACCUGCUCCGGCUGCUGACGAAGCAUUUCUGGAGGAGCAGGAACAAACAGUACAACAGGUCAGUCUUGAGGUGGUGCCUGUAGACACAGCAGCUGGGGAGCAGAAUACCACAGAAACUGCCAAGACUUACAAGGUGAACUGUGACAAGAGGAACAUCACAGGACUGGAGAACUACACUGUGCAGGUCCUCAAUGCUUCGCAGGACCUGAUGGAGUUCCUUAAUGCUAACAGCACAGAGUGCUCCAUGGUGUUGUUCUUCACAGCCUGGUGUCAGUUCUCAGCCAACCUGGCGCCUCACUUCAAUGCCCUGCCUCGUGUUUUUCCCAGCAUGCAUUUCCUGGCACUGGAUGCUUCACAGCACAGCAGUCUCUCCACAAGGUUUGGGACAGUGGCAGUUCCUAACAUCCUGCUGUUCCAGGGGGUCAAACCCAUGGCUCGCUUCAACCACACAGACAGAACUCUGGAGACGCUCACCUCCUUCAUCACUAACCAGACAGGGUUUGAAGUGGAUCCAUAUAAAAAUGUGACAGACGCAGACCACCUGGGACCUCUCCCUAGCACCCCAGUAAAGGGCAUCGACUGGCUCCUGGUCUUCUCCAUCCUCUUCAUCACUGGGUUCACGCUCUACGCCAUCCUGAAAGCUGACAACAUUCGUUGGCUCAUACCUGGACAGGAACAUGAGCAUCAGGACUGAGAACUCUUGGGUCAAAUGUCAAGAAGGAUGUGAAUAUUUUUU